AUGUCUCCCUGGUCGAUACCAAGUAUAGCCAACCUCCUAAUGGUCCCCUUACUCCCAGCCCAAGCGUCAACAGAGACCCCAACUCUCCUCCCAACCCCACCAAUGGGCUUCAACAACUGGGCGCGAUUCAUGUGCGAUCUGAACGAGACCCUAUUCACAGAAACUGCCCAGUCAAUGCUCACCCGCGGUCUACAGCGCGCAGGCUACAACCGCCUCAAUCUAGACGACUGCUGGAUGCGCCAUGACCGCGCCGCGGACGGCUCGCUGCAGUGGAAUACCACCUUAUUCCCGCAUGGCAUUCCCUGGUUGGUGGAGUACGCCGCCAAUCAUGGCUUCCACCUUGGGAUCUAUGAAGAUGCUGGGAAUCUAACCUGUGGCGGGUACCCCGGCUCCUAUGGAUAUGAACAGCAGGACGCGGAGACAUUCGCUAGCUGGGGGAUUGACUAUCUCAAGCUGGAUGGGUGUAAUGUCUGGGCUGAGGGGAGUCGGUCGCUUCGUGAGGAGUAUCGUGUGCGCUAUGGGCAGUGGCAUGAUAUACUCAGUGGAAUGAAGAAACCGCUUAUCUUUUCUGAGUCUGCGCCGGCUUAUUUUGCGGAUAAUGCCUCUGACUGGGCUGUUGUUAUGGAUUGGGUGCCUCGUUAUGGCGAGUUGGCGAGACAUUCGACUGAUGUUUUGGUUUAUGUGGGCGAGGGCAGUGCUUGGGAUAGUAUUAUGAAUAAUUAUGACUAUAAUACCCUGCUGGUGCGCUACCAGGCUCCCGGGUAUUAUAAUGAUCCUGAUUUCUUGAUUCCUGACCAUCCUGGCUUGACGCAGGCUGAGAAGGAGUCGCAUUUUGCGCUCUGGGCUUCGUUUUCUGCACCGCUUAUUAUCAGUGCUUAUAUUCCUGCGCUCUCUGAUGAGGAUAUUGCCUAUCUUAGCAAUUCUGCUCUUAUUGAGGUUGAUCAGGAUCCUUUGGCUGAGCAGGCUGCUUUGGUUAGUCGUGAUGGGACCUUCGACGUGCUGACUCGCUCGUUGGCGAAUGGGGAUAGACUUCUCACUGUGCUGAACCGCGGCAAUACAACUGCGACGACGAGUGUUUCUCUCGCCCGUCUUGGUUUGUCGUCUCAGUCACACUGCGAGUAUAGCGCUCGCAAUCUCUGGACCGGUCAUGUUUCGACUAUACAUGCUGCUGUUGAUAUCAAGCUCGAUUCGCAUGCAACCAGUGUCUAUCGUAUCACGCCGAAGCAUUGCGCUGCUAUCACACCCACGGGAAUGGUAUUUCACACUCCGUCUGGUCUGUGUAUGACGGCUUCUUCUGGGAAGGCCACCUUUGAAGAGUGCCGUGCCUUGGACUCUCAGGUUUGGAGUGUUGAUGCUAAAGGGAGCAAGCUGGCUUUGAGUCCACUGUCUGAUCGAACGGCUUGUCUUGCUGCUUCGGAGGAUGGGAAGAGAGUUUCUCUCGCAAAGUGUGAUGGUGCUCGCACGACUUGGUCGCACUAUGUUACUGGUCAUUUGCGGAACGAGCAUGUCGGUGACUGUCUGACUGGGGGGUCUGGGGGUGGGAGUAUUGCGUCUUGUGUGGUGGAUAGUGCUGUGCAGAUCUUUGGGUUGCCUAGUGGUGUUCACCUACGUGGGAGUGUCAAUACAUCCUAG